UUAUGGAUACUCAUAGAGCCCGAGAAAGAAAUAGCAGGAAGAUUUGCUGUUGUUCUGCAUGAAUUGUGUUGGAGCCAAAAAGGAAUUAACUUUCUCCAGUUCACUCGACAUCUUACUCUCUGCUGCCUUCCUACUUUUGAACAAUGUCAAUUUCCAUUUUACUUUUGAACAAUGCAUCCCACACUCCUUUUGUUGAGGAGGGAAGCCUUCUUUCGCAGUGGGCUCAUUUUAAUUACUUUCAGGCUUGCAAGUUUGUUCUCUACUUUCUGCUCUGGUAAAGACCUGACCAGGUUAUGUGUGGUUUGCAGGUCUAUGCACUCGGAGGGUUCAUCGUUCUGAAGUGGGUAUGGGCAAGGUGGAAUGAAAGGAAGGAAAGAGCAAAUAAGGGGUCAUCAACGGAGGAGAAUCGAUCUCCGGAAUACCAUUCACCUGCUGAAGGCGAGGACUGAUUGAAGAGCUGAGGGAGGAGGUGUGGUGUAUAGCAUUAGCACACAUAUAAGAAAAAUCCCCUUCUCUUUUCUGUAGCUCUCCCGGUUGUAUUUAUGGGAACAGGAAAGUUCUUACUUCUAAAUGACCAAAUGAAGUUUUAAUGUUUUAUAUUUAUGGAUGGUAGAGUUUUGAACAUAGUAUUGUUGUUACCUUCAUAAGAAUGUCGCCAUCCCAGAGAUGAGUUUGUGAACUUGACUCGACGAAGAUGAUUUCGAUUUAUUGGGGUCAUUUUUCUUAGCCCUAAUGUUUAGCCAAAACAUCAAUAUAAUGUUAGUUACGCUUUUAAGUGCUACACAUUGUCAACCAUAUGCCAACAAACAACCUAACGCGACAACAUCACCAUGCUAACUUGAUGUCACCCAAUCAAAACUAAAAUCGACAAUCCAGUAUCAACAAGCAAUUUAGGUAGUUAAAGACUAUGCAUUGAGAUCAACAUUACUAAACCAACAUUGAUAGGAUGGUUACGUCCUCGUCUCUCCGUAUGAGAGUUAUUUCUUCAACUCCCAACCAUGAUCAAUGAUCACUUGUAAACAAGAGGAGAAGACAACAUCAACAAUAUGUGAACUAUACAUUAAUCCUACGUAAAUGUAAGAGUAGUUAUAGUAGUAGAGCUCUGAAAAUUUCGCCAUAAAAAAAUGAUGUUGCUCAAUUUAGAUUUCGUAUCGUAUACUCUAAUUCCAACUUUAUUUGAAAAAGUAUAAUAUGUGCCUAAAAACCAUGAUCUCAUGAACAUUUUCUUAUAUCCAAUCUUUUUCUUUUUAUCUAAUAACGUACUUUCAAGCCAAACCAAACCGAUUUACACACUCUAUUUAGUGACCAUAUGUAAUAUUUUCAUUGUCUGAACUUAAACGUGGCAUCUGUUAUCUAACCAAUCCAUCUCUGUUAAGAGAGGGAAAAAAAUCUGAAACCACCAAACUGUCGGUGGGUGAACUGUGAAGGGAAGGGAGGUGGUAAAAGUAAAACUAAAAAGUGAAAAAUAGAACGAACACAAAAGAAAAAAUUACAAAGCGAUUGCUUCCACUUUCCACAGUUCCGUUUCGUCUCUUUUUAAACGGAUCCGUUACAGCCCGUGACUGGCUAGCAUCAACCCUAACGUCCUCCCUCAGUCCUUGCUCACUCCGUCACCGAUCUCAAUCCCCCCUCCGUCCUCACCUCCGCCAUCCCUCCGUCACCCUGAUCCUAACGUCGUCAUCUCUCCCUCUCUCUCUCUCUCCCCUCUGCCCGCCUUUUCCAAACCCUAAUCUCAUGGCCACCGACGAUUUCCCAUUAAUCGACGAUCCGCACGCUCCUCCGUCCGCUCACGCACCCGCCGUCCACCCCGACUCCGAGUCCGUCCACGGUGGAGAUUACUACCCAACCUACCCCGACUCCGACCAGGAAAAAUCCGGAUCCGGAGCUCCGGCCACGCCGUCGUCCAAACGGAGUCACCAGCAGCAGCAGCCGUCGCAGCAAUUCUAUUACAACAACAGCGGCAGCAAAAGGCAGAAAGCGAACGGCAACAGCGCGGAACCGGAAUCAACCGCCAACACGACCACCACGACGCCGGAUUACAGGGCGGAUUAUCGCAAGGACAGGGAGGAAUGGAGCGACACGGCGAUCUCCUGCCUGCUGGACGCUUACACGGUGAAGUACAGCCAGCUGAACCGCGGGAAUCUGCGCGGGAGGGACUGGGAGGAGGUGGCCGAGUCUGUGAGCGAGAGGGGUGGGAGCAAUAACAGGAAGAGUGUGGAACAGUGUAAGAACAAGAUUGACAAUUUGAAGAAGAGGUAUAAGGUGGAGCUGCAGAGGAUCAACAACAAUGGUGGUGGUAGUGCUGGGUUUGGAGGCAAUGCGACUAGUAACUGGCAUUGGUUUAAGCAGAUUGAAGCCAUCAUGGGGAAUUCGUCUUCUAGCUCUAAAGCGGUUUCCGCUGGUGGCAGUGCAGCUGUUUCAGAUAGUGAACCCGCCAUAGUGGCGGUUCCUGCUGUGAAUGGCACUUUGCCGACCGUCAGGCAAACUAAAAGAUACACGCCAAGCAGUUCCGCACUUGCAAACAGCUUGAAAUCUAAAUCAAUGCCGAACUUGAAAUGGCGCAGAGUUGUGUUCAAAAUCAGUGGUGCUGCUCUGGCAGGUAACUGCCAGAAUAUUGAUCCAAAGGUUGCAACUCAGAUAGCAAGGGAAGUAUCAACAGUUUGUCGCCUUGGACUGGAGGUGGCAAUUGUUGUUGGUGGCCGUAACUUCUUUUGUGGAGAGUCAUGGAUAUCUGCCACUGGCUUGGAUAGACCUACGACAUACCAGAUUGGCAUGAUGGCAACUGUCAUGAAUUCUAUAUUGCUGCAAUCAGCUUUAGAGAAACUGGGCAUUCAGAGUCGCGUACAAAGUGCAUUUUCAAUGCCAGAGAUGGCUGAGCCGUAUAGCAGGCAACGAGCUAUCCGACAUCUUGAGAAAGGGAGAGUCGUCAUAUUUGGUGGCGUGGGUGCUGGGGCUGGCAACCCUUUGUUUACAACCGACACAGCAGCAGCUCUAAGAGCUUCCGAGAUCAAUGCAGAUGCUCUGCUUAAAGGCACAAACGCAGAUGGCAUCUAUGAUUGGCAAACCAGUAAUAGCAAUAUAAUACUCGAUCAUAUAUCAUUCAGAGACGUGGUCUCAGGGGGUGCUACCUCGAUGGACAUGAUGGCGAUUACCUACUGCGAAGAGAAUGGAAUCCCAGUCGUGGUCUUCAACAUGCUGGAGCCUGGAAAUAUAUCAAGAGCACUAUGUGGUGAACAAGUUGGGACUUUGAUUGAUCAAACAGGAAGGAUUAGUCAAUAACUGCCAUCCAUAUCCCAGAUUGCCCUUUUUAUACAUUUUCGAGCUUCUUGUUUGUAAAUAUCUGGAUUUGGUGUUCCAAGUAAGCAAGACAACAAAGAUGUGUAAUGUGAUAUGGACUGUGUAAGCAUGUCCUCCCCAUUGUGCUGUAGCUAGGUAAUUUAUAUUCGCGAUUCUACCAGACUCGUGUAAAAUAAUUAUUAGUCUCUUUCAUUGUUAGCCUAGCAAUUGAUAUAGUUGUGACUGAAUCUUUAGUGUGUCUGCUAAUUCUGAUUGUGGUUCAGUGUUGCUAUACAGAAUCGUAAGUUCUGUUUUACAUACAGGGUUUGAUGCAUUUGAGUUCAAUCGUGAAUGCGUUACAGAAUUAUAAACAAAAUGCUAUGAUUUGCAUUUGUUCAAAUGACGUUCGAUUGAGGAUGUUCGAUGUUAGUAGAUUCGUAAAAUUACAAUUAUCUCGAUCGCCAUUAUAAAAAAAGAUUUACAAAUAUCUCUAUCUGAAUUUUUUGAGUGUUCCACAACUACGACUAUACCUAUAUUUAUGAAGAAUUUAAUCUGAUUUUUCAAUGUAAAAGAAGAGAUUCUCUUCAAUAAACUUGUCCACUUUUA